GAAGGCGUGGCUCCGCGAGGCAUCAUGGCCACUCCUGCUUCCGACAGUGAAAUCCGGGUCUUCUGCUCGUGGUUCACGACACUAACUUCUGCCGAGAAGCACUGGUUCCUCGACAAACUCGUGCCGCUCGCCACUCCCCACAAAUUGUUUGCGCAACUGGAGCGGAGCACUCUCGGUGCCCGCGUCCUCCCGACCACGUGGACUCACUGUCGCGACUUCGAGGAGCGAGCCCUGUUCUGCGUGGCUCGCGUACAGAGCUGGGAGGCCGCUCGCGCCAACUCGUUCGUAAACUUCCUCGAAGCCAUCGACCAGGACGCCGUGUACGAGUUUUACGACAAAAUAGCGCUCGCCUACGGCGAACCGUAGCUCAGCGAAGAAAAAUGAGCACGCUAGAGUGUGUGGUAAGGACUAGAGGAGGAGAAAAGGAGGUCAAGAAGACGGCGGAGAUUGUGGGGAAGGGGAAGGAUUACCUCUCUUCUCUGUCGGCCAACCUAUCUCGGAUGCAGAGCGAGGUGAACGCCUAUCUCACGCAGCUGGUGGAGAAGGAAAGGGCAGAGAAACUGGGAGGGAGCCAGGAACAACGUGGAACUACCAGUGGAAAUGAAGGUUGUAGCUAUAUAAGGGUUUUAAAGAGUGUGUAAUCUGCAUAUUAUUUCCAGAUAUGGAGGAAGAUGACGAUUCUAACAAAGAGCCAGCCACAAAGAGAUCUAAAACAUGACCUUUCCGUCGUGCAAUCUAAUGCGCAUGCGCUAACAUCAUCAGCUGGAUGGCCAACGGCAAGUGCUGGAUUCGACCGCCAUAUCACCAUCUUCUCACCCGAAGGAAGGCUCUACCAAGUCGGUAUGCAGUCGUACACACCUUUAGCCUAGCUAAGGAGCCUUUCUGACGAUGUAUGUGGUGCUCAAGCCAGUUCAAUUGCCACAAAUGGGGUCACGUGUGCUCCCCUCUCCACACAGAGUAUGCAUUCAAGGCGGUAAAUCAGGGCGGCACUACCUCACUCGGUGUUCGUGGUGCCGACUCAGCAGUGGUCAUCACUCAGAAGAAAGUACCGGACAAGCUGUUGGAUCCCGAAAGUGUCAGUCACCUGUUCAAGAUCACUGAUCAUGUUGGCUGUGUGGUGACUGGAAUGAUCGCGGACAGUCGUGCUCAGGUCCAGCGAGCCAGAGCCGAGGCUGCAGAGUUCCAAUACCGCUAUGGCUACGAGAUACCAGUCGACACUCUGUGCAAGAGGAUGGCAGACAUCUCCCAGGUCUACACCCAGAACGCCAACAUGAGACCACUCGGUUGCUGCAUGGUAUUGAUUGCCGUUGACGAGGAGCGAGGGCCUCAGGUGUACAAGACGGACCCGGCCGGCCAUUACUGUGGCUACAGGGCAGUCGGUGUUGGUCCCAAACAGACCGAGGCCAAUAACUACAUGGAGAAGAAGAUACGCAAGAAACCACAGUGGAGCUACGUGGAGACUGUCGAGACGGCCAUCAUGUGUCUGUCCAGUGUCCUGUCUGCAGACUUCAAGUCCAGUGAGAUUGAGAUUGGUGUCGUCACUAAAGACAACACAAAGUUCAGGAUUCUCUCAGUGGAGGAAAUUGAUGAGAGAUUGGCAGCUAUUGCAGAAAGGGACUAGUGUUAGACUGCAUUCUAGACUGACAGUUGUUCAUUGUGUCGUGUAUUAUACCUGCUGUUACCCGAUUGCACAAUCAUGUGAUUGCACGUGCACACACACUGCACAAGCAUAAUU